AUGGUGGUGGAGGGGGACAGGACGCUGCUCGCCGCGAGGCAGGGGGACGUGCAGACUCUGAAAGUGCAAUUAGCGCAAAAAGCGCUCACCAGCGACGUCAAAGACGUGCUGGGGGCUUCACCGGUCCACCACGCAGCCCGGGCCGGGAAACUAACCUGCCUGCGUUUCCUGGUGGAAGAGGUAGGGCUGCCGGGUAACUGCCUGGCUAACAACGGGGCGAGCCCGGCGCAUGACGCAGCCGCCACCGGCAACCUGGCCUGCUUACAGUGGCUGCUGACCCAGGGUGGCUGUCGGCCAGAGGAUAGGGACAGUUCUGGCGCCACCAUUCUCCAUCUUGCAUCCCGCUUCAGUCACCAUGAGAUCACUGACUGGCUGCUGAAGAGUGGGGAGGUGGACCCUGGGGCCUCCACUGAUACAGGCGCCAUACCUGUUCACUACGCUGCUGCCAAGGGAGACCUGCCCUCUCUCCGACUGUUACUUGGGCACAGUCCAAACGUUGUCAACUCCCAAACUAAGAAUGGUGCCACGCCGCUCUACCUGGCCUGCCAGGAGGGUCAUCUGGAGGUCGUCCAAUACCUGGUCAAGGAUUGUGGGGCAGAUCCAAGCAUCAGAGCCAAUGACGGGAUGACACCUCUGCAUGCUGCUGCCCAGAUGGGCCACAACACUGUCAUCGUCUGGCUGAUGAGUUUCACAGAGAUCAGCCUGACAGACAGGGAUGGUGACGGGGCCACGGCCAUGCACUUUGCAGCCAGUCGUGGCCACGCAAAGGUGCUCAGCUGGCUGCUGUUGCACGGCGGAGAGAUUGUCAACGACAGCUGGGGAGGGACCCCGCUUCAUGACGCUGCAGAGAACGGCGAACUGGAGUGCUGUCAGAUCCUUGUGGUCAAUGGGGUGGACUUGGGCAUCAAGGACCAGGACGGCUUCACAGGAGCAGACCUGGCUGAAUACAACGGCCACUCCCAGUGUGCCAAGUAUCUGCGCACUGUGAUGAACAUGAGUGUGGAGCACCGUGUUUUAUCUCGGGACCCCUCAACGGACCUCGAGUACAAACAGCCAGACUCAGGCCUCUCAUCACCAAACACCACCAUGCCCCCUGCCAGCCAAGCGGCACACUUUGAAAUCAGUUCACCAUCCAGCUCCCUGUCCAACUACGACUCAGCCAACUCCAGCCAAUCCAGCACUGGGGAGAAAAGGAGCAGCUUAACAAUGUCACGAGGCCCACCUGCUCAGCUGAACACAGUUGCACAUACAGGUGCAUCAGAGUCAGCCAUUUCAGACAUGCAAGCAUAUAUGGACAUGCUAAACCCAGACAUUGGCUCUGACAUGCCCAAGAAGAAGGAGACCCCUGCUGAUGCCACCUCCAAGCCCCCACCACCACCACCAACCUACCCACCCCCACCUCCCCCACAGUCUCCCCCAGUGCCCCCUCCACCCCCGAGCUACCCAGCACCAAAGCCUCCUCAGGAGCCGACGUCAGCAGAGUUCCUGAAGGUGAAAAGCAACUUGCGACAUGUGGAGAGCAAUACCAGCAAGAAGGAGCUGACUCCUGGAGAAAACCACAACAAACUGCGGCGUGUGGAUUCAAACAGGAGGUCAAGGAGCUUCAGCAAGCAGCCCAGCACUGGGGAUUACUACAAGACCCUGGGCAGCGACACAGCCGAGCCCCGAGGGAGUAAAGGCAUGGCACCCAACGAGGAGGGCUCCGUGUUAUUGGAGGAGCCUACCGACAGCCCUGCCCAUAGCUCUGAGAAUGGCACCACAGAGGAAUCGGUGGCGCCUCCACCACCACCUCCUCCUCCGCCUCCACUUCCCCCAAGCAACCCAACGCCAACACCCCCUCCGCCUCCUCCACUUCCCCCGGAGACGCCAACCACCCAGAAUCACUCUGCCAGUAGCACCUACACCAACCAGCGACGCCCAUCUUCCUCAUCAGGAAGCGGGGAUUUAUCUGCCUCUCAGGCAGAGGGAGGGGGACAAAGACUGAUGAAGAGUACAAAAUCUUUCAACAUGAUGUCCCCCACUGGUGACAACUCAGAGCUGCUGGCAGAGAUCAAAGCAGGGAAGAGCCUCAAGCCAACACCUCACAGUAAAGGCUACACCACUGUCUUUUCCAACAGCGGACCCACAGGCAACGAAAACACUGCAUCUCCACCAGAGACCCGCACAUCUAGCCCACCAGCCAAGCCGUCAUCCCCACCACCAUCCAAUACAUCUGUCAUCUCGCCACCCACCACCCCUAGUCCCAGCCCCAGCCCCACUGGCUCUGGAUCUGCCAGGACCAUGUCGACCUCUGCGAGCUAUGAGAAACUGUCAUCUAACUCUGUGAUCAAUGGAAAUAGUGGGGGAACAGGAGGAGCAGAGUCAGGGCGGAAGAUGAGCCUCGCAGAUGUGGAGGCGCUAGUGCCCACUCAUGACGAACAGGGAAAAGCGAUCCCUGAAUGGAAGAGGCAGGUGAUGGUGCGAAAGCUUCAGGUUAAGAUGCAAGAAGAGGAAGAGCACAAGCGCAAGGCUGAUGAGGAGGCUGCACGCCUGGCAUCGAUGCCGGCCUGGAGAAGAGACAUGAUGAAGAAGAAAAUGGAUGAAGAGAGGGAACAAAAGAGAAAAGCGGAGCAGCAGGCCAGGCAGGUCAAGGAGAUGGAGGAGAAAACAGAGCUGGAGAGACUACGGAUCCUGGGCUACGAUGAGACCAAGCUGGCCCCCUGGCAGCGACAGAUCAUUCUGAAGAAAGGGGAUAUAGCCAAACAGUGAACUGGGCCGUCUCCUCCUCCUCUGCCCCGCAACACCCCCACCCUCACGCACCCACCCCAAGGCCUUCACUGAACACCUCCCCAUCCCGGAUUCUCCACCCUGCACUGUACACUGGACAGUGGAGAAGAGUUUGUCUCCUCUAAGCCCUGUCUCACUCUUCGACCUCCAAACACAGGACCAUGCUGUAGUCGCUGCUGUCCACACCGGCCUCGAGGCUCAGCUUCAGUGGCGUG